UUAUAGUCGCAUGUUUAUAUAUAAUAAUAAGACGACCAUGCACGCAGAACCCCUUCUAAUUUUCAUGAUUAAUAGCUUGAGAGAUUAGAAAAAGCUUUGGUCAAGUUUCGAUCAAUUAUCUAAUUCAAUUUACUUAGUAAAGUACACGAAAAAAGACGUGAUUGAUUAAGAUCCAUAUCGAUCAGAGAGAGAGAGAAAGAGAGAGAUGGAGGGAGGAGGACCAGGGUUUAGAUUCUACCCAACAGAAGAAGAGUUGGUAACAUUCUAUCUGAAGUACAAGAUACAAAACAGUGGCACCACCAGAUUACUACGAGAAAUCGAUCGAGUCAUACCCCAGUUUCAUAUUUAUGAUUUCUAUCCUUGGGAUCUCCCUCAAUAUGCAGGAGAGCGGUGUAAAGGAGACCCUGAGCAAUGGUUCUUUUUCGUUCCUAGACAGGAGAACGAAGCAAGGGGAGGGCGAACUUCCCGCCUCACAAGUUCCGGGUACUGGAAGGCCACUGGAUCUCCUAGCGUCGUCUACUCUUCUGGUAAUCGAGGUAUUGGGAUCAAAAGAACCAUGGUUUUCUAUAAUGGUAGAGCUCCAACAGGAAGGAAAACUAAAUGGAAAAUGAAUGAAUACAAGGCUUUUGAAGAAGAACCCUCCUCAAACACUAAUCCAACACCAGAGCUGAUGCAAGACUGGAGUUUGUGUCGAGUGUACAUAAAAUCAAACUGUUUGAGGGCAUUCGACCGACGACCAUCAGGAGUUGUGAGAUCAAGACCAGUUCAUGAAACCCAUCAAGAUCACGACAACGUUCUUCAUGCAACCACAGAGAGGACGACGGGUUCAUCGUAUAAUCAUAGCUAUAUAUCAUCAGAACAGAAGAAUACUACAAAUUCUUACUCUACAAUUAUGGAGGCCAUGGAUCAACCUUUGUGGGAUUGGGAAGAACAUCGUAAUUAUUUAUGAAUAUUUACAUUUUCAAGAAAACCUAGAAUUAUAUAAUUACUUUAUAUAGCAUAAUAAUAUGGAUUAUGUAAUUAAGUUGGUGUCAAAAUUGAAUUUUUCAGCUAAAUAAGUAGUGUAAUUUGAAUAUUAUAUGAAUUUUAAUUAAUUGGUUUUUUCUAUAA